AUACGCUACUUACUCUAUACCUUAUACCUAUCUAAUGUCCCUUUAGUACUUUGUGAGAGGCAGCUGAGACCUGCCUUACGCUUUCCAUCGUUUCCCUUCCUUCAUAAUCUCUCACCACAAUGUCCUCGGCUACAUCCCGGCCAUCUAACAAGGAGGACGUUAUGUCCGCCGACAAGGGCGAGAAGGGUUUUACCUCAAAUAGUCCAACAAAAACUUCUUCUUCCCCCAAGAAGAUGGACAAAUUUCUCUCCAAGCUACCCCCAUGGCUCUCCAGUUCUCUCAAAGAUAGACGGAAAUGGAAAAACUUCCUCCGGGCAUGGAUCGUAUUUUUCAGUUGUGUGGUACUUCUCCUCGACCAUCAAACUUUGACCGUUAUUGGACAAGCGGCAUUCUUUCUUUUGAUCGUAUCAAUCAUGUUACCGCCCACAUUUCCUGUCACCGUCUUCCUCUUCGCAGCGUUCACCAUGGUUCUCGGUUUGUUGACAGGUUGGGCAUGGGGAUGUGCGGCUAUGGCUGGUGCACUUCGUGCCAGGAGUCAGGCUCGUUUGGCAUUACAGGAACAUAAUGUUGAGACUGGAUUUGCGUCGGGUGCCAAUCCCGAUCUUGAGUUCCAAGCGGCAGUCUUCAGAGCUGAAUUCCUCGACCCAGGGUCAUCGGCUGUCUACGGAGCAUUCCUUUUUGUGGGAGCAUACAUUUUUGGCCUUGUGAGAGCAUUAAAACCCAAAAUGAUGCUAGGCGCAACAUUCGCUACCAUCAUCGUAGAUGUCAUGACAUCUAUGGGACCUCUGAUUCCUCAAAAGAAUUACACAUUACCGCAAAUAAUCCUCAUUCCCGCUUCGAUGUACGUGGCUAUAGCUCUCGCAGCCUCUUUCCUUCUCUGGCCACAGACGGUCCAUCAUCUCUUCCUGGAUGGGAUGGUCAACGGUGUUCUACGGACCGCGUCCGCUAGCCUUGGUCUUCAGGAUGCAGUCUUGUCAACGACCGAUCCUGCCAAGUGGACUGAAUUAUCAACUAAAAUGAGAGAGAUCAGAGGGGCGAAUGCCGCCGCUGUCAAUGGUCUGGAAGGACAAGUGGGUAUGCUCCAACUUGAAGUCAGCCGUGGGAGGCUUUCCCCAGGAGAUCUUGGGGAUAUAUUUGAGAGAGUCAAGAGGUUGUGCGUGAGAUUGUACGGUUUGAACACUUUUGUGUCUGUACUCGAGCGGCAAAGUAAGAUCAUGGAAGACUAUCGACACGAAUCUUCCACUGGGCGAACACGUUUGAAGAAAGUAUUUGCCGAUAUGGAAGAAGCGGCUUUAAGCACGCCGCGCUUCGAAGUCCUCAUGCCAAUCCUACAAACUUGCUCUCAGCCAUUAUUAUCCGCAGCAAAGACCAGCUUGGACGAUUGCAUUCAGUGGCUAGAUGAGAUCAAUCAUUCACGAUGGAAAAGCAGUUUCAAGCAUACCAAAUCCACCAGCGAACGCGAGACGGAUUUGUCUACUCUACAAACCGCCCUGGCAGAAUUUAGACAAAGCAAACAAUUCGAAGUGCUAGAACCUCUUCGAGACGCUUUCGACGUCAAUGGGAUUCUUAAAGCCGACACUGCAGCGAAAUAUGGUGCUUCCGCUCGAGAUCUGUUCAGAUGUUAUGUCUUUACAUCUGGUCUGACCGAUGUUUGUCUUUGUCUGGAAGAGCUUCAACGGGUAUUGUUGCAAAAAGAAAAAGCGACGCCAAAGCCUAUCUUCCAAUUUCCCACUGCGUUUUCCAAGAUGCUUCUCCGCCUUGCCAAUGAGAAUGAAGGGCCGGUCAAUCCUUUCGGAAUUGGAGAUAGACGCGAUGACACAGGCGUGUCGAGCGAUGCAAGUUCCAGUCAGGAUACAUUAGUGGAUGGGGUGGGGCCCACGAAGAAGAAGAAGAGAAAAACGUAUCACAAAGAUCCUGAUGCGCGCGACCCUCGGAACCUCUUUCAGAGGUUUGGCAGAAGGUUGUUCCUCUUGUGGAAAGGCGUGACCUCCAAUGCAGGUGUAUUUGCUCUCAAAUAUGCGAUUGUGUCGGUAGCUCUGUGGGUGCCAGCAGUGUGUCCGACAACCGCCAGAUUUUAUUAUGAGAAUCGAGGACUUUGGGCGUUGAUUAUGUCUCAGACGGGUUUGGGGCUGUAUGCCGGUGAACAGGUCUUUGCGUUCAUCACCCGUAUUAUUGGCACGGGUAUCGGUCUGGUGUUUGGUAUGCUAGCAUGGUAUAUUGGUGCAGCUAAGGGCCCAGGGAAUCCUUACGGUAUAGCAGCCAUAACGACAGUCUUGAUGGGUCCUUUUCUGUACUUACGAAUCAUCGCCCCACUCCAAUAUCUAGGCUUUGCUCUUCUUACACCUGUCACGUUUGUGUUUGUCGUGGGAUACUCAUGGGUCGAUGGACAUACAUUCCAAACUGCCAACCAAGGCGUAGGCGCGGGUUUGGCAGGUCGAAGAGCAUUGCUCGUACUGGUCGGUUUCGCAGCGGCAAUGAUCAUGAUGUUACUGCCAAAACCUAUCUCUGCAAAACUGCAAGUUCGUAGGAGUAUGGCUCAUAAUAUCGGUGAUAUCGGGGAGUUGUAUGGCAAAAUCGUGGAUGGUUUCGAAUUGGAGAUGGAGGAUAACGAGAAAGGUGAGGAGGUUAUGUCGAAGGUGUUGACGAGGGUGGACCAGCAUAGAGAGAGAUUUUUAGCUAUCGUGGCUAGGACACAGCUGCUUGCGCAGAGAAUGGGUUUUGCCAAAAUCGAGCCUGGCUUGGCCGGACCGUGGCCAGAGAAAGAGUACAAAGCGCUUCUCGAUGUCUGCGUUCGUCUGCUAGGGGCUUUAGGUGCUUUAUCCGGGGCUUACAGGCGGAUCAAUCCGGUGUGGUGCAGAAGGUUCAUCGAAAGAUCUGAUCUGACCGAUCCGACUUUUGUGGCAGACUCUCUCUCUCUUUUCGCCCUCCUCGACAGAUCUCUCCGUCACGGUACACCUCUUCCACCUACCAUGGCUAUAAUGGAGCGAUUGGCAUAUCAUCACAUGCACAAUGCGACAUUACGAUCUGCCCGUGUGCGCGCAAUACCCAGUACAGAACCAGGUUUGGAACUCGCAGCGCAGGAUUCAUUGAUGGUUCAACUGCGGGAUAUCUUCACUUGGGACAUGUGUCAUGACGAACAAUUCGGAGUGUUUGCCACUGCUGUUGUAUCUCUCUUACACGUAACAUAUGAGUUGGAUGACUUGUAUCGGACAGUAGCAGAGUUGGUAGGGGAAAGAGAAUUAGAGGGAUUUGAUAGAGCUCAGGAAAGAUGGGCAAUGUUGGACACUCAAUCUUGAGGAGUAUCUUGGUGGUAUGUAACUUUUUGGGU